AUGUUGACCUUGGCUGUACACGACAUACUAUGGGCAGUGGGCGCCGCUCUGCUUGCCUGUGCUGCCUUCAAGAUCAUCCGAGUCUUACUCUUGCCUUAUACAUCUUCCCUGCGUGAUCUUCCUGGCCCUCCCGCAUCGAGUUGGCUAUUGGGGAAUGUCAGCGAACUCAUGGCUGCUGAGGACUUCGCCUUGCAUUUUGAAUGGCUAGAGAAAUAUGGCCCGACGAUGAAGUACAAUGUCUGGUUCAAGUUACCCGAACUCCUCACGAUCGAUGCACGGGCAAUCAACCAUGUC